UUUUAAGACUUUGAAAGGACUGUACUUUUUAGCAAACAAAUGUUGUUUUUGUCUUUCCACAAGGUUAUGUCUUCGAUUAUUCGAUUUAUCUGGAACCGAACCAUACCGAAUAAUCGACUCGAAAAUCCCUGGGUUAUUGGUUCCGAACCGAAGAGACCCUUCAUUUUUCACAUUCAAAGAAGUUGUAAAAUUUUUUCGAGACAUUGUUUGAAACAGGGCAAAACAGAAACAGGGGAAAACAGGAAAACGAUUUAAUGUGAAUGAGAGUAUUACUUUUUGAAUAGGGUACCGGUUAUUAACCGAAUCCCCCGUUUUCGGUUCCUGUUCGGUUAAUCAACCGUGAACAACCCUAUUAUUAAACUAAAAAUGAUUGUUUUGUCUAUUUAAUUUAAAUUUACAAAAAUCUUCUCUAUGGGAAUGCCUGUUAAAAUUGAUUAAAAAAAUUUUUUGAAGCUUAAUAAAUUUCACAAUAUUUUGGAUGCUGUAAUUGGUGAAGAAAACAAUCAAUUAUCAAUUUAUGCCCAACAAGCAUUUCCAAGUUUGAUGGCUUAUUAUAGAGGAAAUAAUCUUGAUCAAUUAUUGAAUAGGUUAAGAAAUAAAUAUUUUCCAGAGAUAGAAAAAUCAAACCAAACAACAGAAUCACUUUGUUGUUGCAAUAUUCGUCCACUUGCAUUUUUAUUACCAGAAUUUUUGGAUAUUAAUUUUGAUUAUAAAGACCAAAAAGAAUUAUUAUUAUUAAAUGUAGUAAUUGAAAAAUUAAUUGUUGUUAUUCUUGACCAAAAAACACCAAAAUGGGUAUUUGCAAGAGUUGCUGCAAUAGAAACUUUAGUUACAGUUUUAAUAAAUCUCUCUACAUCAUCUUCAAAAAAUUUAUUAUAUUCUCAAAAAAUUUGUUGGCAAAAAAUAUUUGAUUCUUUAAAUAAAUCAAGUGAUGAUUACACAACAACAACAAAUGGAAAUAUUGGAAGAUUUUGUAGAAGGGCGGCAAUUGAAGGAAUUGGGGAAUUGUUGCCUUUAAUAGUUAAUGAAGAAGGGAAAAUUUUAAUUUUACAAGAACAAUUAAAUUUAUCUAUUGGAAAAGUUAUUGAGAGAGCUUGUGAAUCUAUUGAUGAUUUACGUCAGAAAGCAAGUAAUGUACUUACAAAAUUGGUAACUUCAAUUGAUGGCAAUAAUCAUUCAUUACAUUUGUAUAUUCAAGAAUUUAAUUUACUUGAAAAAAUAUUUUAUUUUAAAAAUAAAGAAGACAAAAAUAAUAAAGAAUUUUCAAGUAAAGAUUGGUUAACUUCUAAAGGUUUUGAACGGCUAUCUUUAUUAUUAAAUUCUACAACAUAUGGUAAUUUUGCAUUAUCUGGAUUUGUGCUUUCUGCUGGAAGUGUUUGUGCUUGGACAAUGGAAAAUGCAUUUCUUGCUAUUGUCUCAUAUUUAAAACCUCAUAAAAAGGAUAUAAAGUUUAUCGAGAAUUUCCUCAACAAUUUACUUUUAAUUAAUACAAAAAUGUCUGAACGUCAAAUUGAUCCAACACCUAUACUCAUUUUAUUUCGAAUGUUAUUUAAUGAUGGGCAGCUUAAAUGUUUGGAAGAAAAGCCGGAUGAUUCAAUUAUUUUUUCAAAUUUUUAUAAAUUAAUUUAUAAGUUAGCUACAAGUAAAGGAAAACCAAAAGUUAAAUUAGAAGCAGUUUCUGCUUUGGGUUGUUUACUUCAAUUGCCAUCUGACAGUAAAUUGUAUAAAAAUUCGUUAAAUGCGCUUCUUUUUUCAUUACAAACCUCCCCCUAUGCUGCAAUUCGAGAAAAAGUAGCCUCUCAAUUAUUCGAAGCUUUUAGUCUUCUAAUAGAAGAAGAAGAAGAAAAACAAAUUAAUUUAGCUUUGGAAUUAUUAGCACAAACAGAUUGGAGUAAAUGGGGGGAUGAAAAGAUGAACAAUUCUUUUGAGGAAAUUAAAAGAAUUUUGAUAGGGAUUUAAAAAAAUAAUUUAUUUAUUCUAUUUAUUUAAAUUUAUUUAAACUUAUAACUAAAAAUUAUAUAAAAAAUAUCAAAGGAGGAUCUAGGGGGGGGGGGGGGGGAUUCACUUAAAAAAAUGGGAGAAUAUCCAAUACUCAAAUAAUGCUUUAUUUUAGUCUAUUUGGGUCAUUUCUUUAUUUGGUCCGAACAUGAAUCGACCAGUCUAUUUCGGCAGAAAAUGAUACCCGAAAAAUUGGCACGAUUCGAAAACUUCACCCCUAAUUUUGAACUAAACUCUCGGGUAUCUAAAGGUUUUCUAAAAGACAUCUUAUACGAUUCUCAUAGCGACCCCUCUAGUCCGGUUUCUAUUUCAAACUAUUGUUUAUCGAGUUUUGUGAAACUUUUACAUUCUAGGUUUUUUUGGAAACUAACACUAUAACUUCAAUAAAGUUAUACUCAAAUAGCCCCCUAAAAAUACCAGUUGAGCCUGCUAAAAAAUUUUUUCUUUCAGUCCUAUCAUCAUUCUUUUCUUAUUUUUUUAUUAUCUAAUUAACCAAUCUCAAAACACUUUUUCUUUCUUUCAAUUUCUUUUUAUUAUUUUUACAAGUAGUUGUCAGAAAUUAACUAAAAAUUACCUCCUUCCCUUGUACUCUUCUUCUUUUAUUUCUUCUCUAUUUUUAUCGCUUCAAUGCACUUUUUGAUUGGUAUUUAUUUAAUAAAAUAUUUUAUUUAAUCUACACACCAUUUUGCGCGACUCUUUUUACCCUUCUCUUAGAAGAAAAAAUUUUUUUUUUAUUUUUAGGAAGACAAACACACAAAAAAAAUUAAAUAAACGACAAGAUAUUUGGAGUAAAUGUUAAUCGAUCAUAAAUAAAUAAAAAAAAUUUUUUUUCUCACUUUGUUGUUGUUGUAGAAAAAAAUAUUUUUAUUUUAUUUUAUUAUUGGUGAUUGACUUUAACGACAACGAUUUUGUGUUUGUUUGUGGAGAGAAAAAUGAAAAAGAAAAAAAUAAAAUUGAAAAACCUCUUUUCAUUUACACACACAAUUUUUAAUUUUUUAAUUGGGUUUUUUGAAGAAAAUUUUUCUUCAAAAAUUUUUUUUUGAAGAAAUUUUUUUAAAAGCUUAAAAGCCUCGAACAUUCCCUUCCUUUAUGUUUUUCAACGUUUUUAUCAUUUCCUGGCUUAUCAUCUUUAUUUUUCUUGUAUUCAUCCUCUUCCUCAUUAUCUUCCCUUUUCAUCAUCCUUUUUCGAUAACUUAAAUCAUUCCCCUCCCCCAACCAAUCCAACUUUUUAAAAAAUGUACAUAAUGGUCAGACCUUUUUUUCUUCGAUAAAUUCACUCAAUCUCUGUAGUAAUAUCAAGUGUCCGUUCUCCUUCUAUGUAAAACUUUCUUUUAUUCGUACUCGAACAAGGGCUGGGUCUUUGACUUGCGGAUUGCGUUUGCGGAUUUUAAAAUUAAAAUUGCGGAUUGCGGCUGCGGAAAUUUUUUUUCCAUAUGCGCCCUGACCUGACCGAAGAAACCUCGAUUAUUCAGUUCCUCCUCUAUGCUUUAAUAUUCUCCUUUAUUUACUUUUAUAACCCCCAUUAAUUUUAUUUUUUAUUUUUACAAACUUGACAUAUCCGUCCAUUUUUUUCUUUCUUCUUUUAAUUUUCUACUAAAAUUCCUCCUUAUUUUUAUUUUUUUUUUAAAGAAAAGCGAUGCCAUUCAAAAUUGGGUUUGUAUCGGAUAGAAAAAAAGCCGCCAAGCAUGAACACACAUUUUUAUUUUUUUAUUUUUUAUUUCCCCCUCCAAACUUCUCAAUUCUUCAUUUUCUUUUUUAACAAAAAAACUUCUUUUAUUUUCUAGCAUUUUUUCCAAUUUUCCCACAUUUAUUGGUGUCGUCGCUUCUUUAAAUUUACUUUUAUUUUAGUUUAUUCAUCUUUUAAAUAAUCCAUUUUUCUUUUUAAUUUUUAUUUUUUCUUCGACUGGCGCCAAAUAAAUAAGUAGAGGAGAGAAGGAACGGGAACACUCUCUUAACUUAUUUUUAUUAAAGCUUUUAUUUAGAUUUUUUUCUUUUU